AUGACUCCCAAUGUAGAUGCCAGCGUCAUAGCCGAGCUCGCUGCCCAGGCACUCCAAGACCCCCAGCUGCCUCGGGAGAACCCAACCGUCUCGUUUUGGCAAAUGUCUCCGCACCCGUCCCUCUCCGAAGUACAGUCCCCGAGUCUGCCCUCAACAACAGACUACGCCGUCAUUGGCUCAGGCGUCACCGGCUGCAGCGUAGCAAAGCAUCUGCUGGACAAUUCGCCCUCCGACACCUUUUCCGUCACCGUCUUCGAGGCACGCGCCCUCACAAGCGGCGCCACCGGCCGAAACGGCGGCCUCCUCACCUCCUUCGUCCCCGGCGACUACAAGCUGCUCAGCGACCGCUUCGGCCACGAGCAAGCCACCAAGAUUGCCCGCUAUGCGAACCGGACCCUCGAAAAGAUGCACCAGCUCGCCAACUCGUCUCCGGAAUUCCAAGCCGCCAGCGACGUCAGAAGAACCCUCGACGUGGUCCUGUUCCAGGACCAAGCAUCCCGCGACGCGUCCAAGGAGUCGUGGGCCCUCUACGAGGCGCACGUGCCCGAAGACAAGGGCAAGGCCGAGUUCCUGACGCCCGAGCAGGCCGAAGCCAGGUAUGGCGUCAGGGCCAAGGCCGGCGCCGCCGUCUUCCCCAACGGGGCCUUCUGGCCGUACCGACUCAUCACACGGGUCUGGGGCCAGGUGCUCGACCGGCACGGGCACCGCGUCUCCGUCGAGACCAGGACGCCCGUCACGGAAAUCACGCACGACGCGGCCUCGGACCCCGAGCACCCGUACGUCCUCCACACGCCGAGGGGAGAGGUGCGCGCGGGAAAGAUUGUCCACGCGACCAACGGGCACGCCGGGCACCUCUUGCCGGGGCUGCGCGGCAAGAUUUACCCGUUGCGCGGGACCAUGUCGGUGCAAAAGGCGACGGAGGCGUUUGGCAACCGCGGCGGCGAAGUGACCUGGAGUGUGUUGGGGGGAGGCACCUACGACCCCGGGACGGAGAUUGUCGACGUGGGCCUCUUGUACUCGAACCAGAACCCGAGGACGGGCGAUAUUUUCAUCGGUGGUGAAAAGGCAAAGAUUCGGGAAUUGCUCGUCAGUGACGAUUCGCAAAUUGGUGCCCCGUGCGUUGAGAACUUGUCUUCUGUUCUGCCUACCAUCUUCACGAGGGGCUGGGACGAUGGGGAGAAGCCUGAAGUUUGCAAGAUUUGGUCGGGCAUCAUGGGGUUUACAGCGGACAGCCUCCCGAUUAUUGGGGCCUUGCCUCUGGAGUUUACCAAAAGGGGCGACGAGGGCGGCGAGUGGAUCGCCGCCGGGUUUAAUGGGUAUGGCAUGCCGCUGUGCUGGUCUUCUGGCGAGGCCGUGGCCAAGAUGCUGCUCGGUGUUGAUGUGGGCGACUUUUUGCCCGAGGUGUUUGCUGCUUCGAGGGAGCGGUUGGGCGACGACGAGAGGAUGAGCCCGCGUGCUGCGUUGGAUUUGUUUUUCGGUGGGCACGUUUAG